AGCAGAAAGACGCCAUGUUCAUUUGUCAACGGACGUCAAGGUGUGAUCAUCAGAAGGGAGCGAGAUUACUUCGAAAAAGUACGACUAUUUUUAAGUGAUUUCAUCGGAUAAUCGGACGAGUUAACGUGCGCGUAUUCGGAAUUAUUUUUACAUGAUGGCAUCUUCGGAGUUGCAGAAACGGAAACAGGAAGAAUAUGAAAUGCAGCUGUUUGGCUUUCAUUCAAGAGCCGUGUAUGCUACUUUGGAAAAUAUGGUGGGUGAAAGCAUUCAGAGUAUGAUUGAGAAGUUGCAUGCGGCAAUUGAAAAGUUAUUCAAAUUAAAUUCGGAAAAAAGAGAGAUACUUCGAUCGAAUCAGAAACAUUUAACAAAAGCUUUCCGUAAAGGAGCACAGCCACAUUUAAAAAGCAUUGAGAAUACGGUAAAUAAGUACAUAGCUAUUCCGAGAAAUGUUCUGUUGGAAGAGGAUAAAUGUCAAAGGAUACAAUAUGAUGAUACAGAAUUUGAGAGCAUAAAGCAGAGGCUAGAAAACUUGCAGCAAAGAGCAAAAAGAGCUACUAUCCUAAACGCAAUAUUAAAGGAAGAACUGGCAGUUCUGGAACAGUUGCCUAUUCCUGAAGAAAAUGUAAACAGAAUGUAUAAUACGAUAGAGAGUGAUUUGAGGAGUUCAGAUAUAAAUGAGGCACUAUUUCAAUUAGUGGACGAUUAUAAACAAUUUUCCACAGUUCUGUUCGGAAGUACACAAUUAACAGAAAAGAUAAAGUACAAUACAGUAAAUAAUCUGCAGUGUGGAGAUUUUGAUUCAAGUAUAUUGUAAAUUAAGGAGAAGAGAUACUUAUAUACAAUUCAAAAACGGAAUCAAUUCUCUUGUCCAAAGAAAUACUUUGGACAAAAUGUAAAUAUAUAACUGCAUUCUAUGAAUGUUGCCUAUAAUUUGUAUAUUUUUAUACUUUAUUCUGAUAAAUGCCUGUAAAUAAUUAAAAAUAAGGAAAAUUAUUAUAAAUCAAUAUAAACCAAAAUCAUGAAAUGCCUUUGAAAUCCAUUUCACUUCCAUAUUCUGUUCUAAAUGUCCGGUCACUUACAUGACUCUCUCCUCUCUCAGGCAUACAAGAAGAGGAGAUGUACGAAUCUACAAAAAGGGGUAACGUGAAGCACGAAUUGAAAAUACAGAAAAUAUUUAAGCAUA